AUUGAUUUAAAGGUGAAAAAAAAAAGAAAACAAAAAACAAAGGUAAAAAAAUAUAAUCCUAUGAAUUUCUCUAUGCUCAUAGGUAUGAAACGUCAUUUGUUUAUCACUAAGACCUGCUAAAUAAUUUUCAUGAUGAUUGACAUUUAAAAAGCACAAUGUCGUCUCGCAUUAGUACCCGGAGUUUCUCUCAAUUGAUGAAUUAUUGUCUUUUGUUACUGCGCGUUGCUACAUCAACCUAUCCAGCUCAAUCUCCUCAUUCUCUCAUUAACCAAAAAGUAUCCGACAAAUCUCAAGUUUAACCUCACGUCAUAUCUAUUAAACUCGCGAGGAUUGAUUAAUCACAGGAAAAAAUAAAAAAAAAAAACGGAAAAGAAAAGAAAUUGAUGGGGAAAAAAUGAAAAAUAAAAAAUCUAAAAUUUCGAGAGUUUAGGGCUUGAAAUUGGGGAGUUUAUUGCGAGUGAAAGAUGGUGGUGUAUGCCGAUGAGAAAAGCAAUGAAGAGAGUAAUGAUUAUAAUGAAAAUGGCAUGGUGAUUGAAUAUGGUGGAAGAUGCAUGAGCACCCAAGCCAUGCAGUCACUGUAUGACUUGAGAGAGAAUAAUUUAUUCUGCGACGCUGUGGUGCAUCUGGAGGAUGGUGGAGUUUUUUCCAUUCAUCGCGCCAUAUUGUCGGCAUGUAGCAGUUAUUUCAGAACUCUAUUCACGACAUCAUUCUACACCGAAGAAAAAACGGAAGUCCGACUCCCUGGUGUCACCUCCGAAAUAAUGGAAUUAAUUUUGAAGUACGCAUACUUGCGAUCUCUAGAAGUGACUCACGAUAAUGUUUGCGACCUUUUGAUAACUUCCAACUAUCUCUGCAUCAUGGGUAUAAUAAAGCUCUGCUGCGCCUAUUUAAAGAACAACUUGACCCCAGAAAAUUGCAUAUCCGUUAUGAGAUUCGGUAAAGAGCACUUCUGCAGUGAAUUGGAGAGUGAUGCCCACACAUACGUUAUGAGAAAUUUCAUUGAUGUUGCCCAGAGGAAUGAAGAGAUCCUCAAGUUAUCGAUAGACAAACUUUUGCCAUUAGUGGGUGCGGAUGAGUUGAAUGUUAAGAGCGAAGAGGUCGUGUGGGAGCUGGUGAUAAAGUGGAUAGACCACAAGCCUGAGGAUAGAAAGCAGCACAUUGUUGAGCUCAUGAAGACAAUUAGGCUGGGCUUGCUAGACACUCAGUACUUCCUGGAGAGGGUAAAGGAGCAUCAUUAUGUCGCAGGAGUAGAGGCCUGCAGACCCAUCAUCAUCGAAACAUUGACAUUCCUUUAUGAUCUGGAGAUGAUUACCCAGAAGGAUGGUGCCCUGGCCACCCCGGAAAUCGCUAGACCUAGGGUUCCUCAUGAGAUUCUUUUCACUAUUGGUGGAUGGAGGGCUAACAAAACCACUUCUGCCAUCGAAACUUAUGAUACCAGAGCUGAUCGCUGGAUUCCAGUAGCUGAAAUGGAUCCAAUUGGAGGACGUGCCUACCACGGACUCGCAGCUAUUGGUUUCAAUAUUUAUGUAAUCGGGGGCUUCAGCAACGGUCUCCCCAAUGCCACCAACAUUGACACAAAAAGCUACUUUAACAGUUGUCGCUGCUUCAAUGCAGUGACCAAAGUCUGGAGGGAAGUCGCCCCUAUGAAUGCUAGAAGAUGUUACGUCAGUGUUGCUGUUCUCAAUGAGGUUAUUUAUGCAAUAGGAGGAUUCGAUGGACACUGCAGGCUCAACACUGCAGAGAGAUACAAUUACAAGGAAAAUCAGUGGUCACUCAUUGCCUCCAUGAAUCGACAGAGAUCCGACGCCAGUGCUACUACUCUCAACAAUAAAAUUUACGUGGUUGGGGGGUUUAAUGGAAACGAGUGCCUAAACACAGCUGAGGUUUAUGACCCUGAGAGCAAUCAAUGGACUGUGAUAGCGUCGAUGAGAUCACGUAGAAGUGGAGUCUCCUGCAUUUCUUAUCAUGGAUGUGUUUAUGCUAUAGGAGGUUUUGCCGGAAAUGGUAGAAAAAAAAGUGGAGAGAAAUAUGAUCCUACUACUAACAGAUGGGAGCAUAUCCCUGAAAUGUAUAACCCGAGGAGUAAUUUUGCUAUUGAAGUAAUUGAUGAUAUGAUUUUCGCUAUUGGUGGCUACAACGGCAUGAAUACCUUGUUUCUCGUUGAGUGCUACGACGAGAGAACCAAUGAAUGGUAUGAAGCCACAGAUAUGAAUUUCUUCCGCUCUGGUCUUGCUGCAUGUGUUAUAAUGGGCCUUCCCAACGUUUGCGACUACAUCCACAAGCAUCGGGACAGGCUAAUGGAAGAGAAAAGACAAAAACUCAUAGCUCUGGAGACUCAACGAAAUAAUCAACAAAAUUCUCACUUUCCUCAGGAUCAUGACAAUAUAUUCUCCAAUACUCCCAUAUUAACUGUCACUCGUUUCAAUCCCUACAGCGAUCCUAACAACAAUUCACUGUUGUGAUACUUUUCCAUUUUUUUUUUACAUCUUUUUUUUAUUGCUGAUAGCAUUUUUCAUUUUUGAGGAAAAUAAAUUGUU